CCGGUCGUUGCAAUGUUAGUGGUGUCUGCUUCAGGUGGCCGGAGGCGGCGCUGAGCUGCGGUCCACCCCGAAACAGCAAAAGUUCAUUUCUGGUCACGGUUCCCGAAAUCCCAGCGCAUUUCUAGGGUCGGGAGCCUGAGAAAGUCCCUCCUCAAGUCCCUGGUUGGUUUUCCCGCGCUGUCUCGGGCCGUCCUCGGGUUCGUGGCCCGUCCCGCUCGCCCUCCUCACGCGCGACUGCGGUCAUGAGCCCCGGGCUGCUGCUUUCGCGUUGGCCCCGCGCUCUCGGGGCCUCGGGCCCCCCACGUCGCCGGUGCUGGGCUCGGCCCCUCGACACGCUCUCCUCGGUUGGCUCUUGGCGUGGUCGGUGCACCAAGUCCCCGGCUCACUGGAGCCAGGUGGUGUCGGAGGCGGAGAAGAUCGUGGGCUACCCCACGUCCUUCAUGAGCCUCCGCUGCCUGCUCAGCGACGAGCUCAGCAACAUCGCCAUGCAGGUGCGGAAGCUGGUGGGGACUCGGCACCCCCUGCUCACCACGGCCAGAGGGCUUGUACAUGACAGCCGGCAUAACCUUCAGUUGAGAGGCUUGGUGGUGCUGCUCAUUUCCAAAGCAGCGGGGCCCAGCAGCAUGGAUGAUUCAUGUCAUAACUAUGACAUGGUUAGUGGAAUCUACUCAUGUCAAAGAAGUUUGGCAGAGAUCACAGAACUUAUCCACACUGCUCUCCUUGUACAUCGUGGGAUAGUAAAUUUGACUGAAUUGCAGUCAUCUGAUGGACCAUUGAAAGACAUGCAGUUUGGAAAUAAAAUAGCCAUCCUGAGUGGAGACUUUCUUCUAGCAAAUGCUUGCAAUGGACUAGCUCUUCUACAGAAUACCAAGGUUGCAGAACUUAUAGCAAGUGCUCUGAUGGAUUUGGUACAUGGAGUAUACCAGGAAAAGCCUACUUCUGCCAAGGAAAAUUAUAUCACAGAUGAUAUUGGAAUAUCAACUUGGAAGGAGCAGACUUUUCUCUCUCAUGGUGCCUUACUAGCAAAGAGCUGCCAAGCUGCGAUGGAAUUAGCAAAGCAUGAUGCUGAGGUUCAGGAUAUGGCAUUUCAGUAUGGGAAACACAUGGCCAUGAGUCACAAGAUAAAUUCUGACCUUCAGCCAUUUAUUAAAGAAAAGAGCAGUGACUCCAUCACUUUUAACUUAAACUCGGCUCCUGUAGUCUUACAUCAGGAGUUUCUUGGAAGAGAUUUGUGGAUUAAGCAAAUCAGAGAGGCUCACGAAAAAGGAAGAUUAAACUAUGCUAAGUUGUGUGAAACAAUCAAAGCUGGCAAAGGUGUGACUUCAGCUAUUGACCUGUGUCGUUACCAUGGAAACAAGGCACUGGAAGCCCUGGAGAGCUUCCCUCCCUCAGAGGCGAGAUCAGCUUUGGAAAAUAUUGUAUUUGCUGUGACCAGAUUUUCAUGACACCAAAUUUAAAAGACACUAUUAUUCCUUGGCUGAAAAACCUAGAGAAUGAGGUGAUCAGGAACAUGUUAAUGCUUUUAAACACAUCUAUAUUUUUUCCUUUUAUCAUAUUGCUAAAUGAAUACUGCCUUCCUCUUGAAUCCACCACAAACAAAAUUAGAAGAAAAAAAGGUCAAGCAGCCUUCACUUGUCACACCAGCAGCACACUUGAGGCUGCAGUAGCAGAAAUAAUUAAUGAGAUUCACUCCUGUGACCUCAGCAAAUGGACAGGAAAUAAGUCCUUAUUGAUUGGACCAGGCCAGAGAUGGCGCCAGGGCGGUGGCCUGUGGUUUUCCUUAUGGAGAGGACACAGCAAGCUGGAAACUGCAGGUGUCAAGAGAAACAAUGUUGAGACCAGCCCUGGAGAGCUGUCACAUUGAAGCCUACUGACCAGUUGUCAUGGCAGAGAAUAGCACAAUUCAUUAACAAACAAAAAUA